UGUCGCCUCUCAUCUCCCUCCCACCCCCGCCACACCAAAAUGCAGCCAACAUCCCGUCCUGCAUCCACCUCUACCCAUCCUGCUGUCUCUCCUAAUCCUCGUCCUCCCCAGCACCAGGUCAACACGCAGACAAAAGUCUUUGAUUCGUCUCAUGGUCGCCUGCUGUGUCUCGCCGACAUUCGUGGCCGUCUUUCUGCUCUGAACGAUCUUGCACGAGAAGCGAAUGCAUCUGCCAUCAUCCACACUGGCGAUUUUGGCUUUUUCGAGGCAUCCAGCCUUGAGAGAAUCAACGACAGGACGCUCCGCCACCUGACCAUGUAUUCGCCACUCAUACCCACUGCGCAGCGCAAUCAUCUUCUCGCGCCAGAAAACAACGCCGCUACGAUACGUUCCACUGUCCAAAUCUCGCUGUUGUCCGAAUUUCCUCUUCUCCUCUCCGGCCAGAUCAAGCUCCAUGUGCCCGUGUACACCGUAUGGGGCGCCUGCGAGGACGUUGCCGUGCUCGAAAAAUUCCGUUCAGGCCAGUACGACAUCGACAACCUCAACAUUCUCGACGAAGCCACCACCCGCCUCCUCGACAUUGGUGGCGUCAAGCUCCGCCUGCUCGGCAUCGGUGGCGCGCUCGUCCCGCACAAGAUGUUCGACAACGGCGAUGGCAGUGCUACUAUCGCCGGCGGCCAGGGCACCAUGUGGACGACCGCGCUGCAGAUCGGUGAGCUCGUCGACACCUCACAGCGUGUCUUCGAUCCCACCGAGACCCGCAUGCUCGUCACACACACCAGCCCGGGCCGCGAAGGCAUCAUCAACCAGCUUGGCCUCGUGCUCAAGGCGGACCUCACCAUCUCCGCCGGCCUCCACUUCCGGUACGCGUCCUCAUACAACGAGUUCAGCGUGCAGAGCGACUUUGAGGGCCUGCGCCACAAGCUACUCCUCGGCAAGGAGGGCUUCGACAAGGUCUGGGAGAGCGUCAAGUCGCAGGUGGACCAGGUGAUCGACGAGCACCAGCGUGUGCUCCUGGACAAAGCGCUGUCGGUCAUCGAGCGUAUACCCCCGCCGACGCAUCAGCCCGGACCAAAUGGACAGAUCGGUCAAGAGGAGCCCGCAUGGAAGAACUGCUGGAAUUGGAACUUGUGUGACGCCGCGUAUGGUUCGCUCGUACUGGACAUCAAGGAUGGAAGGGUGAGCGCGGAGCUGAAGAGCCAAGGCUUCAACUACGCCUAUCGCCGCACGGUAACGCCUGCUGUCCCCACACCAGGCUCUGCGACGUCCGCUCUGCCAGCAGCAGCAGCAGCUGGAGCAGGCAGUGGUACAGGCGCCACACCGGCGACCACCAAAGGCGCCGGCACACCGAUCACGUCUGACAAGCCCCUCCCACCGCACCUCGCACCCAAAUCAAAACCGUCGACUCCCCCACCGAACGCGUCCACAUCCCCAUCCGCACCGGAGACGCCGAAGGAUGCAAAGCCAAAUGGCGCAGACAAGUUGGAGCGGAAGAAGGAACGGAAGAAGGAGCGCAAGCAGCAGGAGAGGGCGGAGCGCGACGUGGCGAAGGACGGUGGGAGCAAGCCCGCGACGCCGGUGCCCGAGGGCGCUGGCAGCCCGACGGGGCAUCAGAUCAAGUCGGGCAAGGCGACGCCGGAUGUGGGUGCGGAGGCGAAGCCAGAGGACCGUGUGACGUCUCCGGCGACGGAGAGCACGGGGGUGCGGACGCCGACGGGCAGGCGGCCUCCACGGAACCCGUGGACGAUCUUUAUGCGGCUGCAGGUGUCCGCGGACGAGCAGGAGGUGCGCGAGUUCUUUGGCGAUGCAAAGGCGGGCAUCACGCGCGUCAACUAUCCGCCGACGUAUGCCGGGCGGGAGAAGAAGAUCGUGUACAUCGAGUUUGGCGACGAGGCGGCCAUGAAGGCCGGGCUCACGCACAGCGGCGAGAAAUUGAAGGAUACGAUCCCCGAGGUGAAGCAGGCGACCGACAAGGAGUCGCGUACGGGCGAGAACGGCGGUCCCGGACGAGGGUAUGGCGGGCGGGGAGGAUUCCGCGGCGGGAGAGGCGGAGGGUUCGCUGCGCGUGGAUUGGCGGGCGCGGGCCUCACACGAGGUGGUCCGCCGCAUCACAACGUUAACAGCAACGGUGAGAGACGCCCGAACGGCGAGGUGCCCUCUUCGGAUGCGCCUAAGCCAGCGGAGGGCUCGUAAGACGGUGGUCCGCUUUCAUGAUGCAUGAUGACUUGGUUACGGAGGACCAGUAGGUAGUUGUUCCACGUAGUAGUUAUUCGUUUCGUUAUUUGCUCCACUCUGCUGUAGGCUUUUUGACGUCUUGAUGCUCGGCGAUGCGCCUCUAUGUUCUCUCAUACAUAUGCUUACGGUAAUGCGAGGCCCUUCAUGAUUUCUUGCAGCAACCGAACAAGCAAGGAAUCCGAUUCCUCCCAAACUAGACAAAGAGUCAAUUGGAUUAAGUAUGCGAAUUCUACGUCUGUACAUCGGCCAGGACAUAAUUACCGAGGAGUGUAUUCAUACAGGGAUCUCAUGCGUUGUGAACAACAAUACAUAAUACAUUC